AUGUUCGUAGCUGUAACGAAUCUCGGCGCCGGUGGGACCGAGGAUGUCUCCCUUGCUGAUACGGCCAAUGGUGUCCUAUACGGCUGCUUUGCUAUCAUGGGUCUCUUUUCAGGAGGAGUGACGAACUUGUUGGGCGUUCGUCUCACGCUCUUCCUGGGCUCUCUCGGUUACGCGCUCUACAUCGGUUCAUUAUGGUGCUUCCAAACACAAGGCACUCGGUGGUUUGUCAUUUUCUCUGGCGCCAUCCUCGGUAUCUCGGCGGCAUUGCUCUGGUCAGCACAGGGAGCUAUCAUGAUGUCCUACCCGUUGGAGAAGGAUAAAGGCAAAGCCUUCGGCAUAUUUUGGGCCAUAUUUCAGUUCGGGUCGUUCAUCGGCGCAGUAAUCGCACUCGCCAUCAACAUUCGGCACGGUGGAAUAUCCUCCGUGUCCACUGGGACGUAUUUAGCGUUCCUCGUCAUCGUGUUCAUCGGUGCAGGAUCGGCGACCCUUCUUCUUCCGCCUGCGUCCAUCAUCCGCGCGGACGGAUCACUCGUAAAGGUGCAGACCGCGUCUUCGCCACGAGAAGAGCUGCGUUCUCUCAUCAGGCUCUUUAUGGACUGGAGAAUGCUGGCACUCUCGCCGAUGUUCUUCGUAUCAAACUACGCGUACGCGUACCAAGGCGCCGUCAAUGCCUUUUACUUCGAAGGCUCCACUCGUGCGGUCAACGCCACACUUGAGGGCGCAGGCGCGAUAGUCGGUGCGCUCAUCGUUGGGUUUGGUAUACUCGACGCGCCGCUCCUCAGGAGACGCACACGCGGCUGGCUCGGUCUCGCCUUCGUCACCAUCUGCGUUAUGGCCGUUUGGUCUUGCGCUCUCGCCUGGCAGGUUACGUUCACGCGUGCGAGCCAGAUUGGCAAGAUGUCUUACCGCGGCGAUGGCUACGCACCGAAAGGGGCUCUCUAUUUCUUCUACUACAUCAGUGAUGCUGCGUAUCAAGCACUGGCGUAUUGGAUCAUCGGUGCUAUCACCAACGACCCCUUCAAGCUCGCACGCUACGCUGGUUUCUUCAAGGCCAUCCAAUCCGCUGGGAGCGCCGGCUCCUUCGGGAUGGAUGCAGUGGCGACGCCAUUCCUCAACGAGCUGCUCGCUUGCUGGAUCAUGACGCUGGUGUCCCUGCCUCUCGCAGGGGUCGUGGUAUAUCACAUACACGAAACCUCGUAUCAGGACGAGGAUACGAUCUUCGUGGGAGAUACCAAAUCCGGAGAUCCAGAGACGAAAGUGAACACUGAUAUCAAGGAGAUACAAGCCACUGAAGAUACUGCCUAG